GUGCUUGUUAAGUUAUUAGCAAGGUACCGCAUAUAAGAAUUGAAAACAGUCUUGGUAAAAAGGGGAGCGGCGGCAUCGUAUUAUUCUACAGAUACCGAGUACCGUUACGGAUAUAAACGGCAUACCUACCUGAGAUCGUAGCUGUUUGGAACUUGAUAUUCUUGAUAAAUAUAUUUUAUCCUUUACUCAACAACCACGUCAGCGCGAGAGUGUAGUUUUGUUGCUUCAUAGCAGCCAGUUUUACAGAAUUAGCGAAAGUUGUCGUUUUAUUUAUUUAAAAUGCCUUUAUUUAGUGGACGAUGUUUAAGCACAGUAAAGUUGGUCGGUAAAACUGCACUGAUCACUGGCUGCAACACCGGAAUAGGGAAGGAAACCGCUCUGGAUUUUUACAAAAGAGGUGCUCGUGUUAUUAUGGCAUGUCGCAGCUUAGAAAGAGCAGAAGAAGCUAAAGCUGACAUUGAAAAGUCCUGUAAUAAUAUAAAUGAAACUGGGCAUCUGGUAAUAGCCAAGUGUGAUCUCACAUCCUUAAAGUCUGUACGAGAAUUUGCACAAAACAUUUUGGAUACCGAACCACAAAUCAAUAUCCUUGUUAACAAUGCCGGAGUGAUGAUGUGUCCCAAGGGAGAAACUGAAGAUGGUUUCGAAAUACAGUUUGCUACAAACCAUUUAGCUCAUUUUCUUUUAACACUGUUGCUUUUACCUAGAAUUCGAAACAGUAAACCGGCUAGGGUUGUAACUGUAUCCUCCAGAGCUCAUAUUCGAUAUGGCAUCAAUUUUGAUGAUUUGAAUUACAAAAAUCGACCAUAUGUUCCUGCUGAAGGGUAUUCCCAAAGCAAGAUUGCCAAUAUUUUAUUCUCUAUGGAACUGGCUAAGAAGUUGAAAGAGUAUGACAUUGAAGGAGUAAACACCUACAGUCUUCAUCCAGGUGUGAUAAAAACUGAAUUAGGUCGUCACCUAAAUGCUACCCUGUUCAGAGGUGCAAGAUCUCUAAUUGGCUUCUUUUUGUCUCCAUUUAUGAAGUCCCCACAAUUAGGAGCACAAACUACAAUAUACUGUGCGAUUGAUGAAAAAUGUGCAAACGAAACUGGACUAUAUUAUAGUGACUGCGCUGUAACUAAUCCUGCUAAAGUUAUAAACGACGAGAAUGCACAAAAGCUCUGGGAGAUUUCAUGUGAAUUAGUAGGCCUCGGAGACUACAACCCGUUUACUGCCGAAGACCUCACAAAUCUCAAAAAUAUAUCGUAGAUAUAAAUCGUACAUAUACGAAUUAAUUUUAAACAUAAUAAAAACAUGUUUUCUAUGAAUCUAGUUGUAAUAAUUAUUGUAAGUGUAGAAAUUGUUCAUAAAAAAGUCUUCCAAACAGAAAUCGGUCUGUAUUGUAUGCGUGAAUUCAAAGGCUUAGAAUUUUGUUAUACUACGAAAACAUACCUAAGUGAUUUUUUCUAUUACAUUUACAAUUAAACUUUUCUUUU